AAGCCGCAUUCUCGCUGCAUCUCGGAAUACCUUCGGCUAGAUUUCCGAUUCAUAUAACUUUUACUUCGCUUCGCCAGUCGCAUCGUCACUGGCUUUCAGGGAGCUGGACUUGCCGCAUACAAUGACCGACUCCAAUGCCGACUCCAAUGGAUUCUACGCGCCCAAUAUGCGCGCGGUGCCUGCUGGCGACUUCGUAAGACCAAGCAGAAAGACUAACGGUGCUGGUGUACAGGCCGAAGACACGCGGAUAUGCGUCGUCAUGGUAGGCUUGCCCGCGCGGGGCAAGAGUUUGAUUGCACAGAAAGUGGUUCGCUACCUACAUUGGCUAUCGAUCAAAUCCAAGACGUUCAACGUUGGCCAGUAUCGUCGUACUGCGACCCCAAACCCCUCCGCCGAAUUCUUCGAUACCUCCAACCCAGAAGGAGAACGCCUCCGAAAAGCAGCCGCUGAAGCAGCCGUUAAUGACAUGUGCAAAUGGUUUUCCGAGGGCAGGGGCUUGAUCGCGAUACUAGACGCCACAAACUCGACCAAGAGCCGGCGCAGGUGGAUACAGGAGCGAUGCGCUGCUGAGAACAUCGAGACACUAUUCGUUGAGUCAAAGUGUGACGACGAAGACCUCAUCAUGAGCAACAUAUUGGAAGUAAAGACGACAUCUCCAGACUAUGUCGGUCAAGACCCCGAGGAAGCUGCAGCGGAUUUCCGCAACCGUAUCCGGAACUACGAGAAGGUGUACCAGACCAUAGACGAGGACGAGCGCGACCUUACAUACGUCAAGCUCAUCGACGUGGGCAAGCAAGUCAUCAUCAACCAGAUCCAGGACUACCUCCAGAGUAGGGUCGUCUACUACUUGAUGAAUCUCCACAUUAAGCCGCGCUCGAUCUGGUUAUCGCGACACGGUGAAUCCGAGUACAAUCUCACGGGUCAGAUUGGAGGAGACGCAAACCUGUCAGAGCGAGGAGAUGCUUACGCGCAUGCGCUACCCGGUCUGGUUGCGAAAUCAGUCGGCGACGGUCGUAAACUUACCGUCUGGACCUCAACCUUGAAGCGAACGAUUCAAACCGCGCGAUUUCUCACAUUCGAAAAGUUGGAAUGGAAAGCGCUCGACGAACUCGACUCCGGCGUCUGCGACGGUCUCACAUACGCUCAAAUCGAACAGAAGUUCCCUGAAGACUUCAAGCAACGCGACGAGGACAAAUACAACUACCGCUACCUGGGCGGAGAGUCAUAUCGGGACGUUGUCAUUCGUCUGGAGCCCAUUAUUAUGGAGUUGGAGCGCAGCGAGAACAUCUUGAUCGUUACACAUCAGGCCAUCCUGAGGUGUAUUUACGCAUACUUCAUGAACGUACCGCAGGAGCAGAGCCCAUGGAUGGAGGUCCCGCUACACACGUUGAUAAAAUUGACGCCCAAGGCGUACUCAACACAGGAAGAGAGACUGAAAGCCGACAUACCGGCGGUCAGCACCUGGCGAGGUAAGGGCAGCAAGGCUGAGCAUCAGCAGGCAAAUGGCGGUACAUAGCCUAACUCCUAUCCAGCUCCCGGGGAAAUUUGCGGCGCGCCUGCUCCCCUGGGAGCGGAUGUUGGAAGAAUCGUAACGAACUAGGCCAGUGCAAGCCUGGCUCGACACUAUAGACGGGCAAAGAAGGUUACUCAGGGAUUUGCGCUUCGAUCAAGUCGGAUUUGAUCUCUCGGCGCGUGUGUUAAGCAUUGGGCAUAGAUUGGCAUUUCAGCGUUUUGGUCACAUCACUAGACGGCAAUAUCCAAGGUCGACGGUCAAGAUGGGAAGGAGUCGACGUCUCCAAGCAUAGCAGUAGCUACUAGAUAUCAAUGUCAAAAACCAUUCGAUAUCAGAACGGUCUCGAGCAAUGCAUAUGCUCUUAAUUCAUUAGAACCUAAGAC